UUACUAUAAUUAUUGACACACCAACUAGUCCAGUUGCCACUGGUUCUUCAAUUACAAUCUCUUGGGGGAUUACAGAGGAAAUACCGACAAAUCCUUAUGUCUUAGAAAUCAUCAAUAUAGAUAAUGAAGCAAACAUAACAAUAAACGGUACAUUAGACCUUAGCGUCUAUAAAAUAAAAUGGAUAAUCGAUGUUGAGCCGGGAACUUAUAAAUUUGUUAUCAAAAGCCUUGAUAAAAGUACCACAUGUUCGUCUGAUACAUUCACUGUCAUAAUCGUGUCUGUAGCAAAUUCGCCUUCCUUAAAUUCAUCAACACCUUCAUCUCAAAAUCCUCAAAACCCUCAAAAUUCCCAAAACCCUCAAAACCCUCAAAAUUCUCAAAAUUCUCAAAAUUCUCAAACAUCACAAAUAUCACAAGUUAUAACUACAAGUUAUUCUAUUACUAAAACUACAUCUUCACCCGCUACUUCUUCUACGAACAAUGCAGACAAACCAGAAACUAACCCUAAUACUGGUCCUAAUGCUGGUCCUACUAAUACUGGCACAAAUAAUUCAAUUAUAUCUGUGAAUAUUUUAGGUUUUAUCGGUAUAACGGCCGGUGCAAUUGCUGGAAUUAUGCUAUUAACAACCGGUUCCAUAAUGAUAGCAAGGAGUAGACAAAUUCCUUAA